UACGUAUCAGUAUUAAUGAGUGUUUCCUGGUGGUUGUAUUCUGUGUAUUACGGUAUCAGUAUUAAUGAGUGUUUGGUUACCAGACGUACUGACAGUGCGAGGGACAGAGAGCGAUACGACGACCGCAUCACAGAGAUCACCUCCAGACCAACCAAGUCGCAGCAGACCUCGUACAUCCAGAGCCCAGAGCCCGAUUCAGUUGCUGCAGCACCAGAGACGGAGGCCCUCUCACCGGCCCCCCAGGAGGAGACCCCGGCCCCGAUAGAGGAGACCCCAGUAGUAGAGGAGACCCCGGCAGUAGAGGAGACCCCGGUAGUAGAGGAGACCCCAGUAGUAGAGGAGACCCCGGCAGAGGAGCCGUCAGCCCCCAGCUCCAGUGAAGACAGCCCAGAAAGUGGACCGGAACCGGCUGGAGAACCUGCUGCUCUAGAACCUGAUGUAGUAGAACCUGCUGCUUCUCUAGAACCCGCUGCUGCAGAACCUGCCGCUGCUCUAGAACCUGCCGCAGUAGAACCUGCCGCAGUAGAACCUGCCGCAGUAGAACCUGCCGCAGUAGAACCAGUUGCAGUAGAAGUAGCUGCAGUAGAAGUAGCUGCAGUAGAAGUAGCUGCAGUAGAAGUAGCCGCUGUAGAAGCUGUUGCAGUAGAAGUAGCAGCUGUAGAAGCAGCUGCUGUAGAACCAGUUGCAGUAGAAGCAGCCGCUGUCGGAGCGGACCCCAUCGCCCCAGCAGACAGUGCGGAACCCACUGCUAGCCUACCUGUGGUGCCAGGCCACGCCCCCUACCUUCUGAUUGGAGGGGGCACCGCGUCUUUUGCCGCCGCCCGCUCCAUCCGCGCCCGCGACCCUGGUGCCAAGGUGCUGAUCGUGACGGACGAGCCGGACCUGCCCUACAUGAGGCCCCCGCUCUCCAAAGAGCUGUGGUUCUCCGACGACCCCACGGUCACCGACACGCUGCGCUUCAAACAGUGGAACGGGAAGGAGAGGAGCAUCUACUUCCAGCCGCCGUCGUUCUACAUCAGCCCUGAGGAGCUGGCCGUGGCCGCCAACGGAGGCGUGGCCGUGCUCACGGGCAGGAAGGUGGUGCACAUGGACGUGAGGGGGAACAAAGUGCAGCUGGACGAUAACACGGAGAUUUCCUACGAUAAGUGUCUAAUCGCUACAGGCGGAGUCCCCAGGAACAUGCAGGUGAUAGAGCGGGCCGGGGAGGAGGUGAUGAACCGGACCACUCUGUUCCGCAAGGUGGAGGACUUCAAGGUGCUGGACAUGGUCUCCAGGAGUGUGAAGUCCAUCACCAUCGUGGGCGGGGGCUUCCUGGGCAGUGAGCUGGCCUGCGCCCUGGGCAGGAGAUCUGCUGACUCAGAUCUGGAGGUGGUGCAGAUCUUCCCGGAGAAGGGGAACAUGGGGAAGGUCCUCCCGGAGUACCUCAGCAACUGGACCACCGAGAAGGUCAAGAAAGAGGGGGUGAAGGUGAUGCCCGAGGCCCUGGUGAAGUCCGUCAGCUUCAAGGACGAGCAGGUCCACAUCCACCUGAAGGACGGCCGCGUGGUGAUCACGGACCACCUGGUGGCGGCGGUGGGUCUGGAGCCCAGCGUGGACCUGGCCAAGUCGGCCGGUCUGGAGGUGGACGCCGACUUCGGGGGGUACCGGGUCAACGCGGAGCUGCAGGCGCGCUCCAACAUCUGGGUGGCCGGCGAUGCGGCCUGCUUCUACGACAUCCGGCUGGGCCGGCGGAGGGUGGAGCACCACGACCACGCGGUGGUCAGCGGCCGGCUGGCCGGGGAGAACAUGACCGGGGCCAACAAGCCCUACUGGCACCAGUCCAUGUUCUGGAGUGACCUGGGCCCGGACGUGGGCUACGAGGCCAUCGGCAUCGUGGACAGCAGCCUCCCCACCGUGGGGGUCUUCGCCAAGGCAACCGCCAAGGACACGCCCCGCGCCGCCACCGAGAAGUCCGGGACGGGGAUCCGGUCGGAGAGUGAGACGGAGGAGGUGGCCCAGAGCCCCGUGGCCUCCACGACGCCCGCCCCGCCCAGCCUGCCCCAGAAGGACGACUACGGCAAGGGGGUGAUCUUCUACCUGCGGGACAAGGUGGUGGUCGGGAUCAUCCUGUGGAACGUCUUCAACAGGAUGCCCAUCGCACGCAAGAUCAUCAAAGACGGGGAGGAACAUGCAGAUCUGAACGAAGUGGCCAAACUCUUCAACAUCCACGAGGAUUAGAGUGUGUGUGUGUGUGUGUGUGUGUGUGUGUGUGUGUGCUAGGAGUGUGUGUGUGUUGAGCGCAGAGCUAAUGGCGUGUGAAGGCUGUCGCGGCCGAUAAUCGUUCGGAAGUGUGACGACCGCGCUGGGAGAACCCGGCUGCUGAACCUCUGCACUGCAUCUCAUUUCCUGUCGUCACUGCAGCUCACUUCCUGUCCCUGGGAGAACGCACAGGGGCGUGUUUCUGUAAUUAAGACGAGCGUUUGGCACUUUUCACGUUCUGAGUUUGUCGUGUGUUCGAACAAUCAGUUUGAUCCGUCUCAUUAGGCCACGCCCACAAGGUGAAUGCAUCGUCCUCGUCGGGAAAAUGUGAUUCAAGUAUAAUUGUCUCUCUCUCUCUCUCCCUCUCUCCAUCUAUUGGUCUCUCUCCCUCUGUCUGUCUCUCCGUCUCCUCCCUGUCUCUCCGUCUCCUCCCCCAUCGCUCGAUCAAGGAUUGUAUCCUCAGUGUGUGUAAAGGAGUUGGAAAAAAAAGAAGAUGAAAUCCGCAAUAAAAAAAUAUUUUUAAAGUGAAA